UCCUAAGGCAGCUGGGCCACGUGGGCAGAGCUGACCCCAGGCGAGAAGGAUGGAGGCUGGUGCUGUGUUGAUCCUGGGCUUCCUCCUUCUCCUCCUUUUCUUCCUCUCCUUCCAAGCCACAUCCAGGCAGGGCCUCGGGCGCCUCCCCCCGGGGCCAGCCCCCCUGCCGCUGCUGGGGAAUCUGACCCACAACGUCCUCCCGCUGUACCACUCCUACCGCCGGCUCUGCCAGGAAUAUGGCCCCAUCUUCACCGUCUGGCUGGGCCCAAGGCCCACGGUGGUGCUGUGCGGGUCCGAAGUGCUGCGUGAUGCCCUGGUGGAGCACAACAAGGAAUUCAGUGGCCGAGCUCUCGUCCCUGUGCUCGACCAUCUGUCCAGCGGGUACGGGUUAACUAACGGCAAUGGUGAGCAGUGGAGGCAGCUGCGCCAGUUCACCCUUUCCACGCUCCGGAACUUGGGCAUGGGGAAGAGGACAGUGGAGGAGCGGGUGCAGGAGGAGGCCUGGCACCUCACCCAAGCUGUGACUGAGAAGCAAGGGCAUGAGUUUGACCCCCAGCCUCACCUCACACGGGCCGUGGCCAACGUCAUCUGCUCCAUGGUGUUCGGAACCCGCUACAGCAGUGACAACAAGGAAUUCCAGGAGCUCCUGCGCAUCAUUGCAUCCUACAUGUGCUUCUUCCGCUCCUUCCAUGCACAGCUUUAUAACAUCUUCUCGGGGAUCAUGCACUUCCUACCUGGCUGGCACAGGCGCAUCUUCCGGGACUACGACCGCCUCAGAGUCUUCAUCCGGGCCCAGGUGGCUUCUCACCGGUCCAACCUGGACCCCGGUGCCCCCCACGACUUCAUUGACCACUUCCUCCUGCAGCAGGCCAAGGAGCAAGGGAAGGAGCAGUCAGAAUUCGGGGAUGAGAACCUGGUAGCACUUACCAACGACCUAUUCAUUGGGGGCAUCGAAACUACCAGCAACACCAUCCAAUUUGCCCUGCUGGUGCUCAGCAAGUUCCCAGAGGUGCAAGCGCGGGUGCAUAGGGAGCUGGACAGGGUGGUGGGCAGGGCCCAGCGCCCAGCCCUGAGGGACCGUCUGCAGCUGCCCUACACCAAUGCUGUGCUGCAUGAACUCCAGCGCUACCUUGAUCUGGUGCCCAUGAGCCUGCCACACACCACAACCUGCCCCACUGCCUUCCGGGGGUACUGCAUCCCUCAGGGUACAACCAUCAUCCCGCUCCUGGCCUCCGUGCACUUCGACCCAGACAGCUGGGAGACCCCAGAGGAGUUUAACCCAGGUCAUUUCUUAGAUGAGAAUGGAGCAUUCAGGAAGAGAGACACGGCCAUGCCCUUCUCGGCAGGGAAGCGCAUGUGUCUCGGCCAGGGGCUAGCCACAGUGGAGAUCUUCCUGUUUGUAACCACCCUCCUGCAGAGCUUCACCCUGGAGCUGGUCACAGACCCCGGGGCCAUCGACUUGGCCUCCCUGCGGAGGGCUUUCCGCGGCCAGGGCCUCGCCUACAAGCUCCGUGCCAUCCCGCGCCCUGCGUAGAGUGGGGCAGGGAGGGAAGGGGCUGGACCCAGAUGUCUUUCACAUUGCUGUCAAACUGCAAUCACAUCUCAUUUACACGACGAUGCACAUUCAGAUCACUCUCUUUUUACAUUAAUACUCCCAGCAUCUGAUCCUGAUUUCAUUUACACUAUGGAUGGUGCACAUCCUUUCUGACCAAUGCUCCCAGGGCCAGCUCCUAAUCUCAUGUACAUUGUGGGGCUAAUACUCCUCUGACUUCACUGGAGUAGGAGCCAGAUUGGAAUCCCUGUUACAUACACAUGUAAAUCUGGAAUACCUUCCUGGAGAGUGAUGGAGCUGCUCUGGAGUUACUGUGCUGCCACUGAGCUCCGAAUCUGCCUUUGUGAAUUCAGAACUAACCACUCACAAUGCACAGGCCUGCAUGCAGCUAGGCUAAGUCACAUCUCAGCUCUGUGCCUCAGUUUCCCCUCCUUAAUAAUUAACUAACCCCACUGAUCAUUAGCCCUGGCACUGCUGCUGGGGUGCAGUCAGCACAUUUGAACCUGCUUUUCCUAUUGCGCAGUUCUUCCCGAUGUGUUUCCUCAAGAGUCCUGUGCUGAGUUCUUUGAAAUUAACGGUGGGGUGGAACGCCAAACAAGAGGCACCACUCUCAGCACUUGGCCAUGGCUUGUGUGUCCCACACAUGCUGCCUUCCUGUAGCUCGCUUGUCGAAAUGCCCUGGAGGCCUCUUUCAGAAUUGUAGCCCACUGCACUCUUGGAAAAUCCAUUCACACAAUAAAAUGGAAGAAAAGGCCAGAA